CUCUUGUUAAAUCCUGAAAUGAUGAAAGCUUCUCCAGCUUUAGCCCAUUAUGUGUAUGACUUCCUGGAGAAUAAAGCCUACAGCAAAGGGAAGGGGGAUUUUGCACGGAAGAUGGACACAUUUGUUAACCCACUGCGUAACUCUAUGAGAAAUGUAUCAAAUGCAGUCAAGUCUCUCCCUGACAGCCUGGCAGAGGGAAUGACUAAAAUGUCAGACAACAUGGGUAAAAUGUCAGAGAGAUUGGGACAAGACAUAAAGCAAUCAUUUUUCAAGGUGCCUCCUUUGAUCCAGAAAACUUAUUCAGAUCCUGACCAUUGCCGUGUUGCAGCACCAAUUGAUGACAAUGUGGAUGACAAUAUUCCACUGAGAGUAAUGCUCCUCCUUAUGGAUGAAGUCUUUGAUUUGAAGGAAAGAAAUCAGUGGUUAAGAAGAAAUAUAAAAAAUCUGCUUCAGCAACUUAUUAGAGCAACAUAUGGUGACACAAUUAAUAGAAAAAUAGUUGAUCAUGUUGAUUGGAUGACAUCUCCUGAGCAAGUAGCAGAUGCAGUGAAACGCUUCAGAGAUGCUUUUUGGCCCAAUGGCAUUUUAGCAGAGACUGUUCCACGGAGGGACAAAGCUAUUAGAAUGAGAACAAGAGUGGCAGGGAAGACCAAAUUACUGGAGGUAAUGCCAGAUGAACUGAAGCACAUCAUAGGCGCUGAGACAACACGGAAAGGCAUUCUUCGGGUCUUUGAAAUGUUCCAGCACACUCAGUUGAAUAAGAGAAUGGUGUAUGUGUUUCUGGAGAGAUUCCUAGAAACCUUAUUUCCACAAAAUAAGUUCCAUGAGCUCUUCAACAAACUGCAUUCACGGUCAAAGCAGAUGCAGAGGUAUAAGCAGAGACUACAUUCUACUCAAGCGCCUUCAUUGCAGAAAAGGUGACACUUCAAACCUGUUAAGCUGGUGUAUGUUUGUCCAGGACUAUUUACUUGGGCAGA